AUGGCGAAUCCACGAUACUCCGACUGGUCAUCGGAUCCAGAAUCAACCACACAUGGAAGUCAUUCAUCGGUCGAACGCAUUGUCUGGACAGAAGAUGAUGAUAAUAAUCAAAUUCAACAAAAUAAGACAUCCUUUGCAUGGACUUCGUUUUUUAAAUACUGUACUGUUGGAUCAUUAGUUGGUGGAAUAGGUUUAGCUAUUAUACUCACAUUCUGGUUGACAUCAAAAACAACAGCAACAGGAACAUUAAUUGUAACAACAUCAUCCCCUAAUUCAUCAAGUAGCUCAUCUGUAUCAGCCUCAUUUGUCACUGCAUGGAAUACGCCAUCUGCAACAACAUUAUCUUCAUUAUCAACAGCUCAACUAGUUCAAGCAGAAGUACAUCAACAAGCACCUCUACAACUAGUACAAGUAGAUCAACAAGCAGUUCUACAAGUAGUUCAAGCACGAGUACAUCGACAUCAACAUCAACAAGCACUUUUACAACAAGCAGUUCAACUAGCACGACAUCAACAACAUCAACAACAACUACAACAGCAUUUAGUUCUUGUUAGUAACAAUCUACGUUGGAAUCAAACAGGGCAAAUCGUUGCUGGAACAACAAUACAAGGUUCAAGUGCGAAUCAACUAAACAAUCCAAGUUGUUUGUACAUCGACAAUAAUAAUACUCUAUAUAUUUGUGAUCAAAAUAACAAUCGUAUUCAGAAAUGGAUUCAAGGUGCUAUAACAGGUGUGACAGUGGCUGGAGAUAGUACAGGUAAUCAAGGCUCAACAUCUACAUUGCUCAAUAAUCCCAUGGAUCUUACUUUUGACAACAAUGGAUUUAUGUAUGUCGCUGAUUCUAAUAAUAAUCGUGUGCAAAGAUUUGCUCCAGGCUCUACUAGUGGCACAACUGUUGCUGGAACAACUAGUUAUUCAAGUGCAUUGACUGGCCUCAAUCGACCAUCAGCUAUUGAUAUUGACAAUAAUUCAAAUCUUUAUAUUCUUGAUAUGAAUAAUAAACGAUUAGUAGAAUGGGGUCCAAAUGCAACAAUUGGUACUCUACUGAUCAGUGAUCAUACUCUGAAUAAUGGUUAUGAUAUUUUACUCGUAUCAGAUUCAUCAAAUCAAAUAUAUAUCAGUACUCAAUUGAAUCGUGUAAUAUAUUUAUGGACAUUUGGUGCGUCGGCUCCAGGUAUGACUCUUCAAACAGUCAAUGAUAGCCAAAAUAAUCUUAACAAUCCAGAGGGCAUGGUUUUGGAUUCGUAUGGUAACUUGUAUGUUGCUGAUAGAAAUAAUAAUCGAGUAGUUAUGUAUUGUGCUAAUUCAACAGUUGGUAUAGUUGUUGCUGAAGAUAAUAACUCUGUGCCUUCACUCCAAAAACCAGUGGCUCUUGCCUUUGAUUCGGAUCUGAAUUUGUACGUAGUCACUGGAAAUAACGGCCAAGUGGUUAAACUUUCAAGAAUUUAA